AUGUUUGUUGGCUCGAACGGGAGCAUCUUCGUGAACAACGCCCACCCCGCCUACCCGCACCUCGCGGACUUCCUCACGUCAUGCUGCGAGCCCGUCUGCCGCACGCUGCACAUGAGCGAGUACGUCAUUUCCCCCUCCUCCCUUUCCGCGGCGAGCGCCGAGGGGACGUACUCGACGGGUAUGAUACGGAACUUCAUUCGGCACUUUCGCCUCGACGAGCAGCACCGACUGCCGGUGGACCUGGCGAAGUUCGCGGCGCUCGUGCGGCGAUUGGAGGACGAGGCGGAUGUGGCGCCCGGGGCAGCGCAAGCGUCGCAGCAGCUGCCUGCAAAAACGCCGGGAGACGAAGAUGGGGCGGGCGCGGAUGAGGGCGGGCUGAAGCGGGUGAAGAAGGAGAACGGCGAGCCAGCCUCCUUUGUGAAGCGGGAAACGACUGAGGCGGCGGCCGUGCCCCCUCGCCGUUUUCUCUCGCUUGUGAGGGGCGUCGUGGCCCGGCCGGAGCCGCUUGUCUCUCGUGCGGUGUGCUGCCCUGACGCCCUCCGUUCCUUGCCGCCGGACCUGGAGCAGAUGCUCUCGGAGGAGGAGCGGUCGUCGCGAGUGCGCAUCGUGCUUCAGCCGCGACUGCGGUCAUUCCAGCGACAACAGUCGCAUCUGCAACGGCAGGUGCACCAUGAAGACGAGGAGAGGCUUGCGUACUUCCUCGUGAGCCAAAAUCGGCAGCAUCUGGAGUUCCUGGUCAGCCGCCUGCAGGAGUUUUUGGUGCCCGUGUCCCUCCACGGUGUGAUGCGGUGGGUGCUCUCCGACGUGGACCGAGGCGUGGAGGAGAAGAGCGUCGUGGAGAGCGGCAGGGCCAAGACGUUGCGCAGACUUUUCGACACCCCGCCGGCGUCCGACGUGUCGGCGGUGGGCGAUGCUGGCAGCACAGGGAGAAAGUAUUCCCGCCUGGUCUACAAGAGCCAAGUAAAAGAUGGGAAGCUGCGCAAUGUGCGGGAGCGGCUCUUCAAGGAGCUUGGCGUCUGUGCGGACCUCUUCUACGACUACGGCCAGGAUGGCACACUCGCCGUGCGGGACUUGGCGCUCGCUGAGGACGUGCGUCUGCGUCCCUACCAAGUGGCCUCACUGGAGCGCUUUCGUUGCGGAAACAAGGCCCACCAGGGGGUGAUUGUGCUGCCGUGUGGGGCGGGGAAGACGCUCACGGGCAUUGGGGCGGCGGCGACCCUAAAGAAGCGGACGAUUGUCAUGUGCAUAAAUGUCAUGUCCGUCCUACAGUGGCAGCGCGAGUUCCUUCGUUGGACGAACCUGUCGGAGGAGCAGGUGACGGUGUGUAUUUCGGACAAAAAGCAAAUGCCCGGUGAUGUGUUUAUCACGACGUACAGCAUGCUGGUCGCGCGGCGGCCUGGCGUGCCAGAGGAGGAGCAGCGGGAGGAUGCAAAGAUGACCGCCCGCAUCCUUGCCAGCGUGGAGGAGCAGGCGUGGGGACUACUGCUGCUGGACGAGGUGCACACCGCCCUCGCCCACCACUUCCAGGAGGUGCUCAACAAGGUCAAGUACAAGUGUGUGGUUGGCCUCAGUGCGACGCUUCUGCGUGAGGACGACAAGAUUGGCGACCUGCGGCACCUCGUGGGGCCGAAGCUGUACGAGGCCAACUGGCUUGAGCUUACCCGAGCUGGUUUUCUCGCCCGCGUGGAGUGCGCCGAGGUGCAGUGUCCGCUUCCGCUACCCUUCUUCACAGAGUACCUAAAGAGUCAGGCGGAGGACGACCCGUUUGCGCGCCGCGGGACAAACUCACUCGCACGCGCCGUGGUGUGCUUCAAUCCGUACAAGCUGUGGAGUGCGCAGGCCCUGCUGGAGUUCCACCGCAACCGCUCGCCCCCCGACAAGGUCAUCAUCUUCUGCGACGACUUGGAGGGGGUGCACUACUACGCGCGCCACCUCAACGUGCCCUUCAUGGACGGGUUUACCUCGGAGGUGGAGCGUGCCAACCUCCUCCAGUACUUUCAGCACUCCAGCGACAUCAACGCAAUCAUUCUCUCCCGCGUUGGCGAUGUCGCGCUGGAUCUUCCAUGCGCCUCGGUUAUUAUCCAGCUCUCCGGGUUGGGUGCCUCGCGUCGCCAGGAGGCGCAGCGACUGGGUCGUAUCCUGCGUCCUAAGCCACCCUCACUGGACAACACCUGCUCCUACUUUUACACCCUCGUGUCGCAGGACACGCAUGAGGUUCAUCAGAGCUAUGGGAGACAGAGCUGGCUGCGGGAUCAGGGGUUCGCGUACCGUGUGCUACAGUGCGACUCCGUACUAAAGGAGUUGUGGCGCACCGGGGGGAAACCCUGCUGCGUGGGACACCCACAAUGGUGGUACGAGACAUUGGACCGAUCGUUGUCGUCGGCAGUGGGUGGCAAAGGCAGCCUUUGGAUUCCCUUUUCACGGCAGGCCUCACGCCGCAUGCAGUACUACUUUGUGCGUGGGAGAGAAGGCUGCGAGCUGGACUCCGCCGUGCUUGGCGACACCCCAAGACCGGGGGAGAUGCUUGCCAGCGGCGUAGAAGAGAAAUGGACCGUGCGCUUCAGCGCCUCCAACGCUCCAGAGACCUUUGGCACCGUACAGAUGGCCGAGGACAACCCGACCCUGGUGCGCCGUGUCUGCGUUGGCCCGCUGGAUGCCGAGCACGACUGUCUAAGUGAGGAGGGGGACUGCGUCCAUUACGUUCUAGAGCAAAUGAGGCUGCUGGUCAAGAGGCGGGCAAAGCCGCGAUGA